ACCAGAGAAGUUAGAAGGACGUUGGUUACGCCACACGCAGAACAAGCGCAGGUGGUUGUGGUUUUACAACGCUCUGGUUGCACGGAACUCUUUGCUAAAUCAGACAUUAACGCUGCACGUGACGUUUUCGUAGGAUGGCAGCCUACGUUGGAAGACUGUUUGGCAGCUCGUUGAAGCGCGUGGCAGUCAGUGGGAUUCGAGCAGCAUCCGCACAGACUGGAAUUGCUACAGGCGGGGUUUCAACAAAUCACACUAAGAACUUUUCAACCAAUUGCGUUAGGUGGGCUGCUGCGGUUACCCAAAAUGCGCCUCAUUUCAAAGGCACUGCUGUCCACCAAGGCGAGUUUAAAGAGAUCAGCCUAGAUGACUACAAAGGAAAAUACCUUGUGCUUUUUUUCUACCCGCUCGACUUCACGUUUGUGUGCCCGACUGAGAUCAUCUCCUUCAGUGACAAGGCUAAUGAGUUCCAUGACAUCAACUGUGAGGUUGUUGGUGUGUCUGUGGAUUCCCACUUCACUCACCUGGCCUGGACCAAUACUCCAAGAAAGACUGGAGGUCUUGGUAACAUCCACAUCCCCCUUCUGUCAGACCUCAACAAGCGGAUUUCUCAAGACUAUGGCGUUCUUCUAGAGGGCGCGGGAAUCGCACUAAGAGGUCUGUUCAUCAUUGAUACAAAUGGAGUGGUGAGACACAUGAGUGUGAAUGACCUACCUGUGGGGCGCUGUGUAGAGGAAACUCUCCGCCUGGUGAAAGCCUUCCAGUUUGUGGAGACACAUGGUGAAGUGUGCCCUGCCAGCUGGAAACCAGAAUCCCCCACGAUCAAACCAACACCUGAAGGAUCGAAGGAGUACUUUGAGACGGUUAACUAAGCCAACUUUGUAAGCAGAUAGACAGUGAUCAUUCCAAAGAUGGUGGUCAUGAACUGAAAAUAAAGUCUUGGUCUGGCCCUACAACAUAAGCUGCAGGAAAAAGUUGAAUGAAGCUUGAAUUUACGUAGGCUUACCUGUGGGAAUGGAUUCCUGGAAUGCUAAAGCCAUAGGAAAUGACAUUGUAUACAUUCUGAUUAGUGCUUAAGCGAAGUAUGUAAGUUGUUUGUUGAUCUCCGUAAAAUAAAAUCCUCAAUCUCAAA